CCGAGAUUCAAAUGUAAAUACCUAAACCAGAGAAAAAAUGUCCCAAUACAAAUUCGAACUACCGAUGAGCGACUAUUACAACACCCGCAAGAACUUAUUACAAUCAAAGGGAGCUCCUAAGUUAUCGGAUGUUAAAAAAAAUCUAGGUGAAGUGGCAGCACAAGUAGUUUACGAUCAAUGCCAAAAUUCUCUUAAAGAAGACUUUGGACUAACACCACCACUAAAAGGACCCGGCGAGAUCCUUUGGAUUUCACCUAGUGAUUUGCUUGUAGGAAAACUUGCUUUAAAGCCGCCAUUCACUCCAAAAUGUUUGCAAGCUCUAACACAUCAAGGAAUUUUAGAAAUUGGCAAAGAAUUAGAAGACAAAUUCAAAAUGGAUAUGGAAGUGGAAAAGAAAAAAUCAUUGGAAAUGUACAAGGCGGAUUUAAUAGCGAGUGUAGAAGAUCGUAUGAAAUGUGACAUAAAGGACCUAGAAAUAAAGCAAAAAAUCGCUUGCCAUAUCGAGCUACAAAAACAGCAACAAGACUUCGAGCUAUAUUUGAAACAACAAUUAGACACACUUGAGGCAAAUAUUCGUAAAGAGUAUGAAGUAACAAUAACUGAGCAUAGCGCAUCAUUAGGAGCCCUUUGGGAAAAAAAAUUAACUAUGGAAGUUAAGAGAACGAUUGAUUUGAUGACAAAAAAUUUUGUAUCACAAUUAGAUGAACAAGAAGCUAAAUUCAUAGAAAUAUUCAAGAAGGAGCUACAAAAACAGGAACAUUUAAGAAACUUUGAUGCUAAAUUGGCAAAGACAAAAGGUCUAGAAACUUUUCGACAACUAAAACACAACUUGGAGUGCACCAAUUUAGUGAAUAUGAUGUACAUUCUUUGCACUGAACGCAGAAAAUGCUGUGAACAAAAAAAUACCAUUGAAACGCAUUAUAAAAAUGAAAUUGAAACAUUAGAAGAAAAACUGAAACACAAAGAUAAAAUAAUAGAAACAAUAUCUAAAGAAAAACACGAGGCAAUUAACAAUGUUUCUUUACGUGAAGCGUGCCUUUUGGAAGUCAUUAAACAAUUCCAGAAGUUUAUUAAUUUUGCUUUGAGGGCUGCACCAACUCAAGCGGAGUUUUUGCUAUCCGUAGAAAAGAUGUUGGUAUUUGAACUCACCCAGAACAUAACCAAAGCUAAUGUUCCAAAACUCGAAAAAGCUGAUCCAAUUAUUCCAUGGACUUAUCCGAGUUCAUCAAAAUCGUCCUCUGCAGAAGAACUGGAAAUCAACGACUUUCAUGACUGCUUUAAUGAACAUUAUCCACCUUCUCUCGGUCCGGAUGUUGAACUUGACCGAGAUGAGAAUCUUCCAGCGAUUUACUUUAAGAAAAAAACGUACGUAAGAGAAGAUUUUCGUGACAUGUUGUCUGGUGGGGUGCCAUUAACUCCUAGUAACAUGCUAUGGAACAAAGAUGUUGAAAUUUUGGUGAACAACUGGAGAGAACAAGUGCAAGAAGAAGAAAAAGAAAAGGCCGAAGAACGCGUUGAAAGAGGUUCGAUAAGCCAAAAAGAUUCCCAUGAAUCGUUGAGUAAACAAGUGGCGGAUACCGAAAACCAGAACACAAAUAGAUUGAAAUCUAUAGUCCAGUUUAAUGAUGGUACUAGUGAUCCUAUUCCUGGAAAUCGAAGUACGAGAUCAUCAAUGGAUUCCAGAAAAAGCUAUACUAGGAGUUUAUUGAAGACAGUUCCGUUUGUCUCAGAAGUCCUACUUGAAACGAAUCCCUUAUCCAGGUCUGGAUCAAAGAUCCUUGCUGCCAAAGACUCCCUUGAGCUUUUGACUGACAAAAGACAUAGAAGUAUUUUAUCUUCAAGCUCAUCUCAACAAAAAAAUAUAAUCUCGGAUUUGAGAACUAAAUUAAUCGAGCAAAGUGAAUCUUUACCACUAUCGGAAAUUGACAAAGGAAAAGAAAUCGAUGUGGUAAGCACAAAAGACUCACUCCUCAUGCGCAUGUCAGAUUUAGCCAGACAACAAAUAUCGAGAGAAUUUGACAAAUCGCCAAAAGAUUCAAUUGAAGUCCUCAAAGAGCAGAAAAAAGACAAAGAGAUAAUUGAAAUCGAGAAGCUACCCUCCAAGUUGCUUUCUGCUAGAAAUUCAGUAGAGAUUCUGAAAGAUUCGUUGGUGAAAUUGAGGGAACCUUCCGUAAUGUGCCAGAAAAAGGUCCAACAUACGCAUAAGGAAUCCAUAGAUCUUGGGCAGUUGAGUUUUACGGAAACGUGUUGCGACCGUUGCAGAAAGAGAAAAGAAUCUUUGGAGCAUGCCGGUUUAAGCGAUUUUGCUAGAGACGAUGGUAGUAGCAAAUCUUCAAUAGAGGGUGAUAAGCGAUCAGUCAGAAUUUCGCAAAUUCAAAUAUUCAAUGUAGACGAGAAAGCACAUUCACCUUCAAUAGUGUCUUUUAGUACUAAACCGAUCUAUUUGUCUAAAGAUUCUUAUGGAAAAGAGGUGAAGCAUGAAGUUAGGCCGAGUUUUGGAAAGAAAAAAAAACCUGCAAAACCCAAACCACCUCCUCGCAAAAUCCAAAUCCUUGGCGAUAAAGAGGCAAAAGAAGGUGACCAAACCAACGAAGUUUUUACAGCAGAACGAAUACAUUCUCUAAUUCAAUUAAUGAAAGACCAACCGGAUUUGUUGAGGCUAUUUACGUCUGGAUCUCAACCAUGAAUAAAUAAACAUGAUUGGCAAUCAACGAAAUUUUGUUUAAUU